CUACGUCCACAAGUUGUUUAAAACUAGUAUUGUAAACAAAUAAUCGGUCGACUGUACGUACCUAAAAGAGUAGGUAGGCAUGAUAUAACCGGCUUUACUUCGCAUAUAAAUACGCCGCAUUAACGUAUUUACCGGUCAGUCAGUAAUUUUCCUUGUUUCGAGUAGCCGUUAGUGUUCCACACAACGCGUCAUAGAUAGACAUACCUAAUAAUUAUAAAAAAAAUGACCAGCGCGAGAUAACAUCAGUGUUCGAAAUUCAAGUGCUUCAAUUUGUAAAUCAAACUAAAACAUUGGUUGUGAUUAAGUGUGUGUAAGAACAAAACAAUAACGAAUAUGCCUAAAUUAAUGAAAUUAGUGCUUUGUGUGGCGUCAGUGGCGUUGUGCUGCGGACAACCCUUACAAAAUCCAGUAGAAAAUAACACGGGUCUCCACAAUGGAUUAUCGGAGAAAAUCGGAAACUUUUCGAUAGAAAUAUUGUUCCAUACAUCGAAAACUUUACAAGAGGGUGAUAAUUUUAUAAUGUCGCCCAUUACCGUGUGGAGCGUUCUUGCUGUGAUCGCGGAAGGUGCGGCCGGAGACACGAGAAACGAAAUUAAUAACGUGCUUCGUCUCUCUGCGCGAAAUAAGGAGUCGACGCGCACUGGCUUCAGGAACAUCACACAAUGGCUACAAGUAAACACUGGCACAGUCAAACUAGCCAAAAUAAACGCCAUUUUCGUCGACAAAGACAGACUUCCUUUACCAGAGUUCACAGAAAUCUCCAAAAACUAUUACCAAACUGAAAUGGUGACUCUAGACUUUAAGGACAGUGCGAGGUCAGCGAACAUUCUCAACCAAGCCAUCUCAAACAUUACUCAUGGGAAAAUACCCAAUAUGGUUGAUGCUAGUUAUUUCCAAGACUCACAGAUGGUGUUGACCAGUGCUUUGUACUUCAAGGGACAAUGGGCUAUGCCAUUUAAUGCAUCAUCAACAGAGAAAAUGCCAUUUUAUGACUCCAAGGGUCAAAAGAUUGGUGAAGUCAACAUGAUGUACAACAGACACACAUACCCAUUCUCAAAUAUCAAACAACUUCAGGCUAGAGUCAUUGAAUUGCCAUAUGGUAAUGAAAACAGGCUCUCAAUGCUGAUCAUGUUACCAAACCCUGGAGUGUCCCUAGAAGAUAUGUUCUCAAACUUCAAGAAUGUUAACUUGGACACUUUCUUUGAGGAACUAAGAGUAUCUAAGGAAGAAUAUUCAGACGAUGAAGUGGACUGCUACAUCCCCAGAUUUAAGAUCCAGUCUGACAUUGAUCUCACAAAUGUAUUGAAGAACCGUCUGGGCAUCCAGGAGCUGUUUGACCAGUCGAGGGCCAAGUUACCUUUCAUGGCUAGGACACCUUUGUAUGUAUCGAAAGUGAUACACAAAGCUGAGAUUGAGGUCACUGAAGAGGGAACUGAGGCUGCAGGAGUAACAGUAGCCGAGUUCAGUAACAGAAUAGGAGUAGUACAAUUCCAAGCCAACAGACCAUUCACAUACAUGAUCAUAGAAAAAGUAACAAACUCAAUAGUAUUUGGUGGCUUCUACAAAACUCCAUCUUUGUAUUGAACAUAAGGAAAAAUAUAAUUGAACGUACAAAGUCUGCAUUUAGACAUAAAAACUUAUUGGUGGCUUAACCUUUUUGUUGAAAAGAAGUAAGAACACACACAGAUUAAAAAUUCAAAUUGUAAAAAAAACAUAGUCAACUUUUUAAUUAUACCAGAACAAGGAAAUAAUUAUGAUGAGAUGUCAUGGGUUAUUCCAUAAAUAUAAACUUGUUAAGGAAGCUUGUAGGUACUGUGUGUUCAACAAAUAAAGACUUGACUACAAAUAUAAUUUAUCAAUAUAACUGUGUACAUAAUUAUACACACAGAUAGUGGAAAUACAACUUCUUGAAUGUCACUAGUUGAAUGACUGUGACCUUAUGAAUAUUUUAUUGUUCAACAUUGUGGCCAUAUUGUGAUGCCAGUACAUAAAAACUGUUUAUGCAUUAUUAAUACCUUAUCAUUUUUAGUUGCAAGUAUGAGAAACCACAAUUAGCCACGUUUAAUUGACACCCUAUUAAGUUAUCUUAAUACUCAUGUUCAAUGUAACUUGGUAUUGUAAAGCAUACUCAAUUGUGUUAGGCAUAAGGUUGUAAUUUGUUUAGCUGAAUGCUCUCUAAUUGACUUGUAAAUAAGUUGUUUUGCUGUUUGAAAACAACAUGGCUGAGUAUGUUUUAGGGAAAAAUAGAUGUUUUCCUCAUUGACUUGCAGACAUAAUAAUUUAUUGGAAGAAUUAAUUUGCCGUUUUAACUAAAACCGUUUGACUGCCCUCAUGGGGGAUUUUACUGACAGAAUGUCCUUAAAAAAAUUCAUUGUGGCGUUCCGCAAAACUUGUUUUAGAUAUAUCCGUAAGAACUCAUUUUGAAAAUAGAUUGUUAUUUUUGUAAAUAUUAGCUGUUUAUGCUUUGUUUGUGGUUAUGAAUGUUGAUUAGAAAUAUGUUUUAUUAUUUUACUGUAACAGUGGGUAUAUUGACGUGGUCGGAGACAAAAGAUAUGUUCUAAAUUAUUAUUAACAAGUUCCAAUUUGACUUUGUUCAAUGUAAAGAAAUGUAAGUAAGAUUUUGGCGACAAAUUUUACAUUUUGUAUCAUGUGUCCAUCCACUCAAUAAACCCCCAAUAGGUUUUUUGUAAAAUAUCUAAAAAUUACAAACUUAAAACUAAGAUUUAUUAGGGGAAUAUGUAACUGAAUAUUUUUGAAUUGAACUGUAACUUUCCAACUAGUCAAAUUUAAACUGUCAAACACCGCGAGGACACCGGUG